CCACCUCGCAGACACAGUUUCUUCCUGUCAUCACACUCCUACACCACAAGAUACAGAGCAGCUCCUCUGUAGAAAAACAGGAACAGAGCGCGGUCCUCCACAGCUCCGCUCCGCUCCCUCCGGCCGCACCACAACAAACCAAUGGGCGCCGUCUCGGCGACGGCGGACGUCGUGGUGGCGCUCUUCUCGCUGAUCAUGGCGGUGGCGGCCCCGCUGUUCGACUCUCAGGUCGUGCUCCCGCGCGACCUCUACCCGGCGCCGCUCGUGGACAUCCACCGGUGGUUCGCCGUCGCGUUCGGGCACUACCUCGUCGCCUACCCGCCGCCUUUCUUCCUCGGCCUCGUCUGGCUCGACCUGGCCUUGCUGUGGCCCGUCUGCGUCGCCAACCUCUACGGCAUCCUCGCGCGCCGCCGCUGGUCGGCCACCACCUCGCUCAUGGCGGGGGUCUACAUGCUCACCUACUUGUCCGCCAUACUCGGCGACAUGUUGGGCUCAGGAAAAGCAACGCUGAGGCUGCUUCAGCUGUAUGUUCCGUUCAUCGUGGUUGCUGUAAUUGCAGUUUUGCGUGGUCUCUGCUCAUGGUCAGCGCCGUUAGCUGCUGCAACAUCGGUUGCAUCUUCAGCUCAGAAGAAGAAAGCCUAGAUUAAAUUUGUGUUUAUCACAUUUUAGAAAGAAAGUAAUCAAGUUCCAUUCGAUGUAAAUGUGCAAGUACUUGUUUAAUGACUGGUGUAUCUUUUCUUUCAUUAUUAAGCAUUAGCACCGUAAAA